AUGAAGGGACAGAAUGACAGCUCUGUGGCGGAGUUCAUCCUUCUGGGCUUUUCUCACCUUCCUGAACUCCGAGUACACAUGUUUAGAGUUUUCUUGGUUAUUUAUCUGGUGACUCUGACAGGAAAUGCCACCAUUGUCACUGUCAUCUUUCUGGACCGGAGCCUGCACAUCCCCAUGUACCUGUUUCUGCAGAACUUGUCUGUGGUGGAAGCGAGCUUCAGCACAGCCAUUAUGCCCGAAAUGCUGGUGGUUCUGAGUAGUGAGAAAGCGACCAUUUCCUUUGGGAGAUGUUUUGCCCAGAUGUAUUUCAUUCUUCUCUUUGGUGUGACCGAGUGUUUUCUCCUGGGGGCGAUGGCUUUUGACCGAUUUGCUGCAAUCUGCCAUCCUCUAUCCUACCCGGUGAUUAUGAACAAAAGGGUCUUCAUGAAACUAGUGACGUUCUCAUGGGUCUCGGGGAUCAUGGUAGCUACUGUGCAGACCACAUGGGUGUUUAGCUUCCCUUUCUGUGGUCCUAGGAAAAUUAAUCAUAUAUCAUGUGAAACCCCAGCAGUGCUGGAGCUCGCAUGCGCAGACACGUUCCUGUUUGAGGUCUACGCCUUUACAGGCACCAUUUUGGUCGUCCUGGUUCCCUUCCUGUUGAUUCUCUUGUCUUACACUCGAAUUCUCUUUGCCAUCCUGAGGAUGCCAUCCACCACAGGGAGGCAGAAAGCCUUUUCCACAUGUGCCUCUCACCUCACAUCUGUUAUCCUCUUCUAUGGCACAGCGUGCAUGACUUAUUUGCAGCCUAAAUCCAGGCUCUCGCCAGACACCAAGAAACUGAUGUCACUGGCUUAUUCUCUGCUGACCCCUCUGCUGAAUCCCCUCAUCUACAGCUUGAGAAACAAAGAGAUGAAAAGGGCUGUGGUGAAAGUAUGGCAAAGAAAAGUGGCUUUACACACCAUCUGA